AUGGAUCGACUCACAGAAGACCUCAAUGGCACACAAGACGUAUCGUCGCCCGAGCCGCCAUGGUCUGCCCGGACUACACCGGCGGGAAGAUCGAAGUCCAAAGAAGAGUCCUUGCUGACCAAGCAAGUGGAAGAAGAGAUCCGCGGGAAUAUCCCAGAGAAAAUCAGCCUCGCUCUUACGAGAGACAUCGUGCCGGCAGCGAGCGUACAGUCUUCGGGAAGCAGCGUUGAGGGAAACACAUCUGAGCCUGGAACAACGACACCUAGUAGUAGUGCGCCGCCCUCAGAGAGUGGGAACCUGGAUUACGCAACCGAUCACUUCGCCUCGAGCAUAGCGAUAGCUGACCUCGUGGCCGAGCUCUUCACUGAGAAUAUCAUGGCCAAGGUCUUCCGAACCGCACAAGCUGCUCUGACAUCGCUUCCUGUGGCAUUUCCAGAGAUCGUCCCACAGCAAAGCGGUCACGAUGGUAGCUACAGCCUACGAGAAGCGGACUUCUGGACAUGUGGCUUCUUUCCGGGCACCAUGUACAGCAUGUUAGAGAGACUCAUCAGAUACCCACAUCAUAUGCAUCUCUCGAGUUCAAUCGACCUCGAACGUCUAAGAAGCCAGCUGACGAUUUUAUGUCGCACCUGGGCCGAACCAAUUCGAGGUAUGGACGAACGGAUUGACACCCAUGAUAUUGGUUUCAUCGUCAUGCCGGCGCUCCGUGCUGAUUGGGAACUCUUUGGUAAUCAAUGCAGUUUGGAUUCUAUCACCCGCGCUGCACGGAGUUUAGCGACACGAUACGUGCCUACAGCCGGCGCCAUCAGGAGCUGGGACCUGCUGAAGAAGAAAGAUAUAGAAAUACUUGACCAAGGCGAUAACAUGAUUGUUAUCAUCGACAGCGUGUGCAACCUUGAGCUGUUGUACUAUGCAGCAUAUCAUGCACAAGACGCAAGACUUGCGAAUAUCGCCACUGCUCAUGCGAUUACACUGUUGCGAAGCCAUCUGCGACCUGAACCAGUCCUGUCUUUGUCUAAGGAUGCAUACAGAGGCCAAUGGUACUCGAGUUGCCACGUCGCCAACAUCGAUCCGAAAACGGGAAACUUGAAGCAGCGAUUGACAGCACAAGGCUACGAGCACGAUUCGACGUGGAGCCGUGGCCAGGCAUGGGGUAUACUUGGAUACGCAGAGACGUACAUGUGGACAAGAGACCACCGGUUCCUGCAAGCAGCUUGCGGACUAGCAGAAUAUUUCAUAUAUCGCUUGGAAACGGCGCCUACAUGCGUGUAUCACGCCCGCUAUGUGCCUCUCUGGGACUUUGACGCACCCGUCGAGGAUGAGAACGCUCCGUUGCGCGACUCUUCUGCUGGCACUAUUGCCGCUAACGGAAUGCUAUUAUUAUCGCAAGCUUUGGCAGGUAUCGGAGUGACAAGCUUGUCACUGAGGUUCCAGAACACUGCAUUGCGCAUAGUCCAAGACACACUCAAAUUUGCGUUGGCACCGGAGAGGGCUCGCCUCGUAACUGGCUCAUAUCAUCACAUUAGUGCGGAAGAGACAGUAGCAGGAUAUCGUUUCGACGGGAUGUUGAAGUUUGGAACAGCGAACAACAAUACCAAUGCGCGGAACCGGUACGCAAACCAUGGGUUAGUUUAUGGAGAUUACUAUCUGGUGGAAUUCGGAAAUAGGUUGGCACGAAUGGGAUUAGUUUAA